AUGGCCAGCGAUGAGGAACCGAUCCCCGGGGAGGAGGGCGAGCCGCCCAGCGAGGACCUCUACACGAAGAGGAAGAAAAAAAAAGAACGAAACGAAAGCGUCCACUUUGACAAGGUAAGGAAGAGCGAAUACAUCUGCGUGGAAAUCCCAGGGAGGGUCAAAAAGGGAAGCAGCGGAUUGUCAGCCGUGGAAAGCUUAGGGGGAAUAAAAAAAAUAACAGAAUUAUUUCACCUCCAGAAUAAUGCACACAGACAUGAAGAAAAUUUAAUCUUAAGAGUCAACAACAAUGACAUGUUUUCCUCCUUCGUGUCAGCAAAUUCCGCAAAAGUGAAUAAUGUGUUAAUUAAAAUUAAAAGGACAAGGAAAAACGUCUACAAAUUUGAGUUCCUGGGGUUCGUUCGGUACCUGUACUACUUUGACAACAUGAUCGACUUUUACUAUAUCCCCACGUUUUAUAACAGGCGCGACUACAGCACGAAUUAUAUACACUACUUAACGAGGGGGAAAAAAAAAAAAAAAAAAAAAAAAAAAUCAUCAUCAGGAGCAGUAGCGGCAGUAGCGGCAGCAGCGGCAGCAGCGGCGGAGGUGGAAGUGGAGGGAAGACCGCGUGACCCCUUUGACCAUUUGGGAACCCCCCUCGCGGAUGGCAGGGGUGAACACUUCUUCCCCAGCGCGUUUGCUCGGAGUGGAGAACUUCUGGCCGGCGGAGCGAUAGGCCAAUUUGGACCCCACCAAAAUGUAGACCAACAAAAUAUGCCCCAUGUAAAUUACUUUUCAAAUUGUCAAACACACAGCUGGAACAACAUGGCGGACACACAGAUGGGCAACCAUACGAGGCAAACCUCGAACGUGAUGAACCUAAAUGCACAACUGUAUGAUUCGGAUAAAAUGGCUAGCUAUGAACGAGGCUAUUCUCAAAAUAUGAGCAGUAGCAAUCACGUGGGGCAUAAUAAAGACGCCCAUUUGUUUUUACCCAAAUGUGGAAGUAACGCAAAUGAGGCGAAUUUCUUUGUGCUCGGUUCUAACGGAGGAAGGGGGGCAGAAGGGGGAGAGCACGGAGAUGGCCGCUACCGAAUUGGCAUUGAAGGAAAGGAGGAAGACAACCAGGUGGGAUCCUUCACGGACAUGCGAAUUGGUGAAAUGGGACAAAAUGUGGGAAUCCCCAUGUGUAGCAGCAGAAUGGACGAUGCCAUCGGAGCAAGCCCCCCACGAGUAAAUAUCCAAGCGCAACUGCCAUCUGGAGGACCUCCCCCCUUUAACGACGCCAGGUGUAACCACAUGAUGCAAAUGGGUACCCAAGAGGAUGACUACUUCUCAGACGAAGAUUACAACGAAUUGUACAAAAAAAUCAUAAGCUGUAAAAAUAAUUUGGAGUUAUUUGACCAAGUGAAGGAGAGUGAAUUUUCCUCCGACGAAAGUGAAGGGUACGAAUUAAACUGUUGCAUCCAUAGCAAAAGCACCAGUCCGUAUUUCUACAGAAAUUACGAAGCGACAACGACGAGUAGGUAUCUCAGGGAGUACAGAUAUUUAAUAAGCAAAUUUACUUCGCCUAUUUUUUCGAACGUGGAAGCGAGCAAAGGAGAAAUGGAGAAGUUUAUUCAGGAGCUUAUCAUUAACAGACCUGAACAGGGUACGCCUGGAGGUUCUACACUGCCGGGUGUGGUUGGGAUGGGUCAAAGUGCGCACGGGGUGAUCGAGGAGCAAGUGCAGAGUCGUGACAAAUUGGGUAAACCCGUGGGUGAGUAUUGCGAUGCAGCAGCAGUGUGGGGCGUGAGAGGGGCUGACGAUGGAGAGCAGCGUGCCGGUGAAGACGCAGCUGUGCAAUGUGAUGACCGUUCGGAUGAGCAUGCCGCUAACCAUUCGGAUGAACAUCCCGCUAACCAUUCGGAUGAACAUCCCGCUAACCAUUCAGAUGGGCAUGCCGCUAACCUCUGGGACGACCGCUCCGACGGGGAAGCGCUGCUGAUGGGGUCCCCCCCAAGGAGCGGGCCCACGCAGGACGACCACGAAACGAGCGAAUCUAGAACCGCAAGCCGAAAUGUAAGCCACGCAGAACAGCAGAGCAACCAAAUUAUAGUAAGUAAAAAACCAGUCCACUGUAACCCCAUAGCCAAAUUUGAUGACCCCACCUUUCCAUGUAACCCAUUCGAUUCUGCAUUAAAAAAAUACGUGUCCGAUAAGUUAUAUAAAAGGGUAAAGGAUCUGUUCGAAGUGAGACCCAUCUGGUCAAAGGAAGUCAUUUUGGAACAUCUGGACAGUGUGAGCACCUACUGCCUGAAGAGUUGCUUCUCGCGAAUUUGCUUCUACUUCGCGGAUGGCCCCUGGAGACGCACCUAUUGUAAAUAUGGCUACGACCCGCGGAAGGACCCCUCCAGUUAUAUUUACCAAACCAUAGAUUUUAGGGAUAACUACUUUAGGGAGAUUAAGAUGAAGAGUGCAAAUGAAAUGAACAGAAUUAUUCUAAAGAGGAAAAACUUUAUCGAUAGGGUAGUUACCAAAAUUAUCAAAAGGGUAAACAUUACCGGUACGAGGAACACAAAUAAGAGGGGCAAACCAGAGGGCACUUCGCAAAAGGGGAGUAACACGAUGAGCGUGAAAAUGGAAUCUCACACGGACCAAGAACAAAGGGACGAAAACGAAAAAAGAGAUUUUAACAUAUAUUCCGAAUGGUCGCAAAGUUUCUCCCAACAUUAUGACGACCAUGGUGAGGUUCCAAAUGGGGACAAAUCUGCCUACCAUCCAUCAACGAGUAACCAAUACCCGAAAGAUAUAAAUGAUCUUAAAAAUAUGUUCGACAUAUAUUCAAGUGCUGUCUCCUCAAAUGAUGAAAUUACUCCCCAGAUGGAUGAAGAAAUUAAUGACAUCUUUCAGUUUUUAAAAAAAUCAAUCACCUUUCAUUUGAGAAAAAGUUUUUCCGCGGAGUCCCACUUUUCCGUGAGCCCCCUGAAACUUUCGACGGUGUAUCAGUACGUAGACAUAUACGACAACAACGUCGCGGAUUAUUUAUCCAAUUUGAGGACGCAGGACGUGUGCACGAAGGAUUACGGCUGGAUGAACAGCAACGAUAUCGCCAAAAUUAGGGACAUUCUGUUCGUCCGGUCGGUGACGCUCAGGCGGGCCCACAUAAAGUGA